GUGCAACUACACACCAUACCAGUAGCAAUACUAGUGGUUCAAUAGGCUGGACGGCAUAUGAAUCUACUAACUGGGAUAUAUGGUACCCUUCACAUGCACCAAUAGUUGAGCCCAAGUGGAAACGGCAAUCAGAUAUCCAAGUAGCAGGUAUGUUAGCAUAUUACAUCUACACCAAAGGAGAGCAUCCAUUUGGUGAAGGAAUACUACAGCAAAUGGUAAAUUUGCAUGAAGACGACCCAGUUGGUUUGAAAAAGUUGAGUGGUGGUUGUGCGCCUGUGGUGAAAGAUCUUCUAGCUCAGAUGUUGGCCCGGGAGGUAGAUCAACGACCAUAUGUGGAGCAAGUCUUGCAGCACCCUUACUUUCUGUCUCCUGAAAGGCAGAUUAAAUUCUUAGAAGCUGUGGGCAACGAACCUGAAAUAAAGAGUGUCAACCCAGAUCCCUGUGAUGUGUCCAGAGAGCUAGACAGCUGUCAUCCGUCAAAAUCUCGAAGCUCAUUGUUACCAAAUGACUGGAAAGCAGUCAUCGAUCCACAUGACCUCAACACAUUUUGUGCAGGAGGUGCCCCCCCAUCCAAGUUUGACGGUAGCCGAUACACGCAUUGUCUUCGAUUCAUAAGAAAUGUUCGUCAGCAUUGGGGCGACAAGCCACGUCCACCAUUGAAAGCUAUGGGACAUGCUACAUCUAUUGAAGAAUAUUUCCUUCAGUUAUUUCCAACCCUCCCACUUGUUCUGCAUCAAAUCAUUAGAGAGUACCCUGACUGGAAAGCACGCCCUACCUUGAAAGAAUUUUUCCUGUGA